CAGCUAUAGCAAUGACCCGGUGAACGAAGCACGCCCAGCAAGUGUUGCCGUCCAUUCCAUUGGUUCCCUUGCUGGCUAGCUCGUCUUCUUGGAGCCGCUAUCAAUGGCCGCGGUUGCUUGCUGUUGGAGCUACCUGGUAGUCGUAGCGACGGUGGUGUUACCGCUGUUGCUUCUCGGAGUUAUUGGCGUCUCCCGUGCACAGCUCCUGCAGGUGGGCUUCUACUCCGACUCCUGCCCAGACGCCGAGGCCACGGUCGCCGCCGCCGUCCAGGACGCCGCCGCCAACGACCCCACCAUCCUCCCCGCGCUGCUCCGCCUGCAGUUCCACGACUGCUUCGUCAAGGGGUGCGACGCGUCGGUGCUGAUCAGGAGCGCCAGCAACGACGCGGAGGUGGACAACGGCAGGAACCAGGGCCUGCGCGGCCAGGAAGUGGUGGACGCCGCCAAGGCGCAGCUCGAGGACCAGUGCCCCGGCGUCGUCUCCUGCGCCGACAUCAUCGCGCUCGCCGCGCGCGACGCCGUCGCCAUGACGGGCGGGCCGUCGUUCGACGUGCCCACGGGGCGGCGCGACGGGCUGACCUCCAACCUCCGCGACGCCGACGUGCUGCCUGACGCCGGCGACUCCAUCAGCGUGCUCCGCUCAAGGUUCGCCGCAAGCGGCCUCGACGACCGCGACCUCGUCCUCCUCACAGCGGCGCACACGGUGGGCACGACGGCGUGCUUCUUCGUGAAGGACCGGCUGUACGGCUACCCGCUGCCGGGCGGCGGGAGGGGGGCGGACCCUUCGAUCCCGGCGCCGUACCUGGCGGAGCUCAAGGCCCGGUGCCCGCCGGGCAACCUCAACGCGCGGCUGCCGCUGGACCGCGGCAGCGGGAGCGGCUUCGACGACUCCAUCCUCCGGAACAUCCGCUCCGGCCUCGCCGUCAUCGCCUCCGACGCCGCGCUGGCCAGCAGCAACGCCACCCGCGCGCUCGUCGACGCGUACCUGCAGGGCCCCUCGGCAAGAAGGUUCCAGCGCGACUUCGCGGCCGCCAUGGUCAAGAUGGGCAGCAUCGGCGUCGUCACCGGGGAGGACGCCGGCGAGGUCAGGGACGUCUGCUCCGCGUUCAAUGCCAGUUGAUCCGCCGUGUCGUACGUCGUCGAUUGGAUUGGAUUGGAUUAGUUUUCAAAUUCGGGAGGGAGAGAUAUUAUUUCUGUGUAGAUUCGUUUUGGUUUCUUCAGUGUAUUAGAAUUGAAAUUUAAAUUUUAACCGGGAAGUAAAUGGAUUGAUUGAUCAAAA